ACUUUCUCAAUGCAACUGCAACUGCGUUGUUGUGGCGUGGUCUGAACUCUGAUACGUCUGAAUUUUACUUUCUUUUUAGUUGUCAGCUGUCAAUAUUCUAAAUGGGAUUUGUAAGUAACGCUGUGCAAAUAAUAAUUCUUUUUUUUAUCUACUCAUCCUGUUCCACUUAUGUUAUUUAAUCAUAUUCUCUUCAUCACUAAUUGGCAGUUAAUUAAUCACUCUUAUUUUAGGCUUAACUAAAUAUAUUGAAUCAUAACUCCGUAACCAUUUAAUGAAAUUUCACCAUUAUUUAAUUAGCAAUUCAAAAACAUACGUCUAUCUUGUUAAAUAUUUGAAGUUCAUUGUCGUGUCACAUAAAUAAAUAAUAUAAAAUAGAAUUUGAAAGAAGCAAGGGUGCAUUAUGGCUGUGAAUUCGUAUGGGGGAGGAGGUGCUGAAGAGGGUGGUUAUACUCAACUAGAUUUAAGUGGAAAAUUAAUAAUCAAAGCUCAAUUAGGUGAUGAUAUCAGGCGUAUUCCCAUCCACAAUGAAGAUAUCACAUAUGAUGAAUUGGUUUUGAUGAUGCAAAGAGUGUUUCGUGGAAAAUUAGACGCAAACGAUGAAGUUCUUAUUAAAUACAGAGAUGAAGAUGGGGACUUAAUCUCGAUAUUUGAUAGUUCAGAUUUAUCCUUUGCUAUUCAGUGCAGUAGGAUAUUAAAAUUGACUAUAUUUGUUAAUGGGCAACCUGCUCCAAUGCAAUCAGAUGAAGUCAAACAUAUACGAACUGAGUUACAGAAGAUAAGAAAUCAAGUCAAUCAAUUAAUAGAUCAGUUAGAGCCUAGGCAAGCAAUACCUGGAUCAAGAGUUGAAGGUGAAAAAGGUGCUAUAGUGUCUCAAUCAAACAGUACUCCCAAUGCAGCUGCUCCUAAAGAGUUUGAUCCUUUGUCAUCUAAAGAAGGUGGUGAAGGCAGUAGAAAUAAAGUUGCUACUUCUUUCGGCUUGCAAGAAGUUUUUGAUGUUAUUAAGCAGAUGCUUCUAAAUUGGAAAGAAUAUAUUUUGCAUGAUGCUCGAGCUGGCUCUCCUGAUAGUAUAUCUAGUUUAGGUUCAUCAGCAAGUCAAAAGCAACCACAACAGCAACAACAAAUGCAACAGGGUGUACCUCCUCCAACAAGCAUGUACCAAAACCAACCUCAACCUGUAUACGUACCUUCACAAAACCCACAACAUGGCCCAUCACCACAUCACUAUUUUCAAGGUCCUACUGGAAGUGGACCUCAUCAGCAACCUCAGUCGCCUGCUUCUAGUGUUACUGGUGGAUUUGUUCCCACACCUGGUGCUGGAUAUGGUUCUCAACCAGGUCAAAGUUAUGGCAAUUAUCAACAAAGCCCACAGAUGCAACAGGCUCAAUUUGCUCAACAGCAGCCUUCUCAAUCUCAGCAACAGCAGCAGCAACAACAACAGCAGCAGCAGCAAAUGACUCAACAAUUACGUAGUAGCCCAUAUGCUGGACCUCCUACUGGUGCUCCAGCUCCAAGUCAGGCUGGUGGUCCCAGUUCCUAUGCUGGAGGACCCCCUACUUCUCAAGCCUAUCAAGGACAAAUGCAAUAUCCUGCUGGUUAUUCUCCUGGACCAACUGGUGGACCCAUGCCACCAACAAGCACUGGACCUGCCUCUGGAAAUCCUUAUUCUCGAGGUCCUACUUCUGGAUACCCCCGUCCUGCUCUGCCCUAUCAAACAGGAUAUUAAGCUCUGUAUCUUUAGCCAAUUCCAGGUUGCUUUUUUUUCUGGCGUAGGAUCUGUAUGUGGCAGGCCAUCUACAAAUAAUUGCAUUAUUUUAUAUAGAUGAUGCCUAUAUCAUUUCCUUGUUAUAUGCUUUGUUUCUAAAGCUAGCUGAAAAUAUAACACAUUUUAGUUCUUAAACUCUAAAAAUUUAUGGUAUUUAUUAUUAGGAUUAUUUCUUUGUUAUUUCCAUACAUUCGAAAUUUUAAAUGUGAUAGAAAUGUGGAAUUAAAAUGUUUAUUUUUCAAUUCAGUAGUGUUCUGUAUUUUAAAUUUGAUUGUAAUUUGCAUAUGAAACAUCUGUAAUCACAACUAAGUUCAUGUCUAGAGUCUUAAUCAUGUUAAUUAAAUGGUACUACCUUUGUCGAAAAAAAAUUAUUUUUUUAUAGAAAAAGAAAAUAUUAACACUUAUGAAGCUGUAAUAUUCAUUCCAUUAUAUUUUAAAAGGUUGUAUGGAGAAAGAUUCUUUUUUUUUAAUGGCUCUUAAUUAUCUAUGAGCAUAAUUUUUUCCGUUAGAGCAGCUACCUAAAUUACAAUUUUGUUACAUAAAUAAAAUAAGAAAUUAAUAAAUUGUAUUUAAAAUGAUACAUGUAAUGAAUGUGUAAAUUUUAAUAUGUAUGUGUACAUUUAAAAGAUUUAAGUUCCGUUUUUUUUUAUAUUCAUUUUUUGUAACUCAUGUUUAUGUAAUUUUAAAUCAUUCAGGCAAAUAAAAUAUUUCGAGAUUA